CUAUCCACUCCAAGCCCUGCCCGUCUCGUCUCCACGCAACCAUUCCCCAAAUCGCCCCUCCGCCGAAUCGGGAGCAUCGCAGAACCCUACCUCUCCCCCAACCAUGGCCCUCGCCCGCCGCCUCCUCCCGCUCUUCCUCCGCCGCGGCGGCCCCCUCCCCCGCCCCCCAUGCCCCAUCCCCGCCCGCGCCCUCUCCACGGCCGCCCUGCCGGCCGACGCCGCCGACGAGGACGACGACGCCAUCACCAUCAAGGGCGUGCGCAUCUCGGGCCGCCCGCUCUACAUGGACAUGCAGGCCACCACUCCCGUCGACCCGCGGGUCCUCGACGCCAUGCUGCCCUUCUACCUCUCCCAGUACGGCAACCCGCACUCCCGCACCCACCUCUACGGCUGGGAGUCGGACGCGGCCGUCGAGUCCGCCCGCGCGCAGGUGGCCGCCCUCGUCGGCGCCGACCCGCGCGAGAUCUUCUUCACCUCGGGCGCCACCGAGUGCAACAACAUCGCCGUCAAGGGCGCCAUGCACUUCUACCGCGACCGCCGCCGCCACGUCAUCACCACGCAGACCGAGCACAAGUGCGUGCUCGACUCGUGCCGCCACCUCCAGCAGGAGGGCUUCGACGUCACCUACCUCCCGGUCCGCCCCGACGGCCUCGUCGACCUCGCGCAGCUCCGCGACGCCAUCCGCCCCGACACGGGCCUCGUCUCCGUCAUGGCCGUCAACAACGAGAUCGGCGUGGUCCAGCCGCUCGAGGAGAUCGGGCGCCUCUGCCGCGAACACGGCGUCCACUUCCACACCGACGCGGCGCAGGCCCUCGGCAAAAUCCCGAUAAACGUAAACCAGAUGGGGAUCGGCCUCAUGUCCCUCUCCGCGCACAAGAUCUACGGGCCCAAGGGCGUCGGCGCGCUCUACCUGCGCCGCCGCCCCCGCAUCCGCGUCGAGCCGCAGAUGAGCGGCGGCGGCCAGGAGCGCGGCAUCCGCAGCGGGACCGUCCCGACCCCGCUCGUCGUCGGCUUCGGCGCCGCCUGCGACAUCGCCUCCCGCGAGAUGGACUACGACGAGAGGCGCGUCAGCGCGCUGCAGCAGCGCCUGCUCGACGGGAUCCGCGCCAGGGUCGACGACGUCGUCAUCAACGGCAGCAUGGAGCACCGCUACUCGGGCAACCUCAACCUCUCGUUCGCCUACGUCGAGGGCGAGAGCCUGCUCAUGGGGCUCAAGGAGGUGGCCGUGUCCAGCGGCAGCGCGUGCACCAGCGCCAGCCUCGAGCCGUCCUACGUGCUCCGGGCGCUUGGCGUGGAUGAGGACAUGGCGCACACCUCCAUUCGCUUUGGCAUCGGCCGAUUCACCACCGAGGCGGAGGUGGACAGGGCCACUGAGCUCACUGUGCAUCAGGUGCUCAAGCUACGCGAGAUGAGUCCGCUCUAUGAGAUGGCCAAGGCUGGCAUCGACAUCAAGAGCAUCCAGUGGUCGCAGCACUGACACUCUCUUCGCUAUGCUUAUUCCCCUCCACUCCUCUCUAUAAUUGCACGGAUGGACACAUACUGCCUAGGCAUGUUUGGUACUGUGGAACAUACGUGUACGCAUUCUGACCAUGCGGAAGGCAUGCUUGGCAAAAUGGCAGCACUUUGUCAUGUUGAUGGUUCAAACAGCCGAAGAUAGUUAGACAUGUUCUCUACCUGGAGUAUGUUAAAACACAAAAUAAAGAUAGUUAGACAUGUUCUCUACCCGGAGUAUGUUAAAACACAAAAUAAGGAAACCUGGUAUUGUAUAUGUCCUAAGGCACAAUUUGAAUCAGUUCCAGUGAUGUGUAUAUGUAUUAUUGUUGCAGAUACGAUUUUGGUACCCCUUUCCUUUUU